AUGGACCAGAGAAAGCAAAGGAGAGAUUUGUCUGAGGAGAUCAGAAAGAAAAUAGACAAGCAUGGUAAAGGUAAAACCUACAAGACCAUCUCCAAGCAGCUUGAUGUUCCUGUGACAACAGUUGCAAUCAUUAUUAAGAAGUUUAAGGCCCAUGAAACUGUAGCCAACCUCCCUGGGCAUUGCCGCAAGAGGAACAUCAAACCCCAGAUUGAACAGAAGGAGAGUGCGAAUGCCACAGGAGAAGUGCUGGAUGACUCAGACAGUGGGAAUGAGAGCCGUAGUGGGAGCGAGGAGACCCACGUGUGUGAGAAGUGUUGCGCCGAGUUCUUCAAGUGGUCCGAUUUCUGCGAACACUUGACGAGCUGCAUCAAGAACCCCCUGGUGCUCAUAGUAAAUGAAAACGAAACGGAACCCUCCCGGGAGUAUCCUGCAGAGCCAUCGCCCUCGCCAAGCUGCCAUAGUGACCAGGCAGACAGUGAGGACGCUGGAGAGGGCAGCAGCCACAGCCCCGGUGAGGACGAUGAGGGCGCAGAGAUAGCCCUGGAGGGGGGCAGUGCCCUGGACAAGGAGGACGAGCCCAUGGAGCUGUCUCCUGAGAAACCGGUGGACCUCGAAGUGAGUGACGCCUCCCCAGAGCCAGAUGGUGCUCUACCUCAGUUUAGCGAUCCUGCCCCAUCCUCUGUGAAGAGCUACAGCAUGCCGAGCACCAACGUCACUCUGGAGACACUACACAGCACCAGUGUGGCAGUGGCUCAGUUCUCCCAGAGUGUUUGUGCCGCGGUGGCCGGCAGCGGGGUCUCCCCCUUGGCCAUCCCCAUGAUCCUGGACCAGCUGAUGGCGCUGCAGCAGCAACAGAUCCACCAACUCCAACUGAUCGAACAGAUCCGCAGUCAGGUGGCGUUGAUGCAAAGGCAGCCCUCUGUCGCCCAGCUGUCCCAGAACCACCACCGCCACCACAACACAGUUGCUGGCUCCCAGGGGCCGUCAUCCUCCAACCAACUCCAGCAGUUACACAACUUCAUCACUCCCCCUGUCCACCAGCUGCCCAUCAGGUUGCCCUCACCGCUAAACAGUCUGGGCUCCUCCUCCUCCUCACUCACCUCUGCUAUAGAUGGGCCCCUCUUCUCCCAUACCCAGCAAAGUAGUAAUCAGCAGUCACAUUUUUCAAUGCCCAACACCACUUCAGCAAACUCCUCUUUCCCACCAUCCAGUGGUAAUGUGCUGUCAUCUCUACUGCCUUCCUGCAUUACUUCAAUCACACACAGCAGCAGCGGAGCUGGAUCCGCUGCUGGAGGAGGCAUGAGCAGCAGCAUUACAGCUCUGCCAAGGAAUUCCAGCAGCCCCCCUUCACUAGGCCACAACAGCCUCCUGAGCACUAGUCCCUCCAAUCUACCACUGAUACCUCACAGUUCAUCUAGUAGUGUCAUCUUCCCAAACCCGCUAGCCAGUAUAGCUGCCACUGCCAACGCACUUGACCCACUCUCCGCUCUGAUGAGGCACCGCAAGGGAAAGCCCCCCAACGUGUCCGUCUUCGACACCAAGCCCAGCUCCGAGGACCCCUUCUUCAAGCAUAAGUGUAGGUUCUGUGCCAAGGUGUUUGGCAGUGACAGUGCCCUGCAGAUCCACCUGCGCUCUCACACCGGCGAACGGCCCUUCAAGUGCAACAUCUGCGGAAACCGGUUCUCCACCAAGGGCAAUCUGAAGGUCCACUUCCAGAGGCACAAGGAAAAGUACCCGCAUGUCCAGAUGAACCCUUAUCCCGUGCCAGAAUACCUGGAUAACGUACCGACCAGCUCAGGCAUUCCGUAUGGUAUGUCCUUCCCCCCAGAGAAGCCGGUGACCACCUGGCUGGACAGCAAACCUGUUCUCCCCACAGUCCCCACCUCAACCGGGCUCCAGUUCCCCCCAACACUCCCCAGCAUGAUGGGAGGCUACGGUGAUUCUCCGAGCCUCACUCCCCUUAGCAGAUCACCCCAGAGGCCCUCCCCACCCUCCAGCGAAUGUGCCUCUCUGUCACCGAACCUCUUCACAGAAGCAGGCAUGAUCACCACCUCACAGUCUCCGCAGCCCAACUUAGGGGGUGACAUGCCUCCCAUUCUGAAACCAGAGGGCAUCCACCUACCCCCAAACCUCCCCACUUCCAGGCCUGGUGAGAACAAGACCAACACCGUUACUCAAGUGGUCCUCGCCACCACGGUCACCGCAACCACUAGCAGCUGUACUGAACCCAUCAUUGCCCCCUCCUCUGUCUCCCAUCCAAUCCUCCCCAUGAUCUCUGAUCAGUUCAAGGCCAAGUUUCCGUUCGGCGGCCUUCUGGACUCUAUGCAAACGUCUGAGACCUCAAAGCUGCAGCAGCUGGUGGAGAACAUCGACAAGAAGAUGACCGACCCCAACCAGUGUGUCAUCUGUCACCGUGUGCUCAGCUGCCAGAGCGCCCUUAAGAUGCACUACCGCAUUCACACGGGAGAAAGGCCUUUCAAAUGUAAGGUCUGCGGCCGAGCAUUCACCACCAAGGGCAAUCUGAAAACGCACUUUGGGGUCCAUCGUUCCAAGCCCCCUCUUCGGGUCCAACACUCCUGCCCCAUCUGCCAGAAGAAGUUCACGAACGCUGUGGUCCUGCAGCAGCACAUCCGCAUGCACAUGGGGGGCCAGAUCCCCAACACCCCGCUGCCUGAGUCUCUCCAGGAUAUGGACACCGACCUCUCCUUUGACGAGAAGAGCUUAGAUGCCAUGAGCAACUAUGAUGACGAGCUACUGGAUGAGAUGGAGGCAGCUAUGGAGGACGAAGCAGAGCUGAAAGAAGGAGAAGAGAUGAUUGACCCAUCCAAACCUCUCCAUCCAUAUUCAGGAAUGUCCCCUGGUCGCUCCCCACCUACCUCUGUCAUCUCCAGUAUCGCUGCUCUGGAGAACCAGAUGAAGAUGAUCGACUCCUCUGUCAAUAUGAGCCGCUCGUUUGGGCUGAAGCCCAUGCAGAACGGUGGCGGGUUUGGAGGGGAGAACGACUUCUUCAACAAUGACUCGCUGUAUGCCUCGGGGGACCUGGAAGGCCAGAGUGUGGGAAGCCCAGCACUAUCUGAGUCCUCAGGGUCCAUGCAGCCCAUCUCCCCUGCUCACAGUCACCCUGAGAGUCAUCGAUCCAAGUCCCCAGCCACACUCAACCAUAACAGCAGCACUGCAGCAGAUGAGGGGCAGGAGAACAACAGGAUGGCUACAGUGAAAUCUGAGAAGUCAGAUUCCCCAGCACCUGUGUCUGAAGGUAAUGGGGCAUUGGACCUGACUGCUAGCAUAACCCAGCCUAGCAGGCACUUCAUCAAGGAGGAGAACCACUUCAACAUGAUGUUCCUGAGCAGAGAUAGAGGUCUGAGCAACUCUAGCUUGCUAAACACAGCAUCCAACAUGAUCAAAAUGGAGAUGAAUGGGCACAGGCACAGCAAGCCCAUGUCACUGAAUGACGGUCCUUACAUGCCCGUGGGCAUCCAAGUGCCCGCUUCUGCACCCCAGACCAACAUGAGCCUCAGUAUCACCCCCAUGCUGGCACCGCCAACUCCCCGUCGCACCCCCAAGCAGCACAACUGCCACAACUGUGGGAAGAACUUCUCCUCAGCUAGUGCCCUGCAGAUCCAUGAGCGCACACACACAGGAGAAAAACCAUUUGGCUGCUCGAUCUGUGGAAGGGCCUUCACCACUAAAGGCAACCUGAAGGUGCACAUGGGCACCCACAUGUGGAACAAUGCGCCAGCCCGUCGUGGACGCCGUCUCUCCGUGGAGAACCCCAUGGCCUUGCUGGGCGGGGACGCCAUGAAGUUUAGCGAGAUGUUUCAGAAGGACCUGGCGGCGAGGGCCAUGAACGUAGACCCUGGCUUCUGGAACCAGUAUGCUGCCGCCAUCACCAACGGCCUGGCCAUGAAGAACAACGAGAUCUCCGUCAUCCAGAAUGGAGGCAUCCCCCAGUUGCCCGUCAGCCUGGGUGGAGGAGGUAUGACCUCGCUAGGGGCCAUGUCAGGAGGUAUGGACCGCAUGGACCGUAUGGACCGUAUGGACCGGGUGAAUGCCAGUAGCAGCCCUCCCAUGACUGGGCUGGAUAAGACAGUUCUGGAGGUUGGGGCUAGACGCCCAUUCGCUCGAUUUAUGGAGGAAAAUAAAGAGAUUGGGAUCAAUUAA